GGCUCGGCUCCCCUUGGACAAGGUACGGUACGGCCGAGAAUGAGCACAAAGGAGGUGGAGGCGUCAUGGGUCGACACGCAGCCGCAAUGUCCCGCGGCGCGCUGCUCUUGCUCCUGGUCCUGCACGCCCUGACACCGCCGACCACUGCUGUAACCACUCCUGACUCAGCCCACGAUAAUGUGCUCGCGUUCCUUGCCGACUUCCUCGCCCUCCAGUCGACCUCGAUCGCGAAGUCCUACCUCAGCGGCAUCACCUGCACAUGGGGUGCGGCCGGCGUCCUACGCAGCUUCUCGGGGCGUGGCCUCGCGGCGCGGGUUGUUCACGUGAGCAGCUGGGCGGGCGGCAGCGGCCGCAACGAGACUGGCCCCGUCGCAGCCGCAGCCCCUCCAGACUCAUUUGACAACCCGCUCUUCCAGCGCGCACGGUCUCUUCAGCAGGCAGUGGAGGACCCUGGGCUCGGGGGCGCCGCCGGUGUUCUGGACCGCGCCGACGUGCUGUCGCUUCUUGGGACGUUGGGUGGUAGGGGCAGACCCGGUAGAGACGGGCAACCCAGCCUGGCUGAGGAGGUGUUCGUGGACAUGUCGUGCCCCGGAACCCUCCGCCUACUGGCAGCGGCGAGCGCCAUGAACCUGUUCCGACGGCCCUUCCGGUGGGUCCUGCUGAUCCCCGACGGCUGCCCGGUCGACCUCGAACUCUACACGCCGCGGGCGGCUCUGGUGGACAGUCAGGUGACGGUGGUGUGCGGGGGCGAGGACGUCCGCGCCGUAGAAGUGCACCGCGCAGGGCUGGGCGGCCCAGCCGCGGCAGACACGGUGGCCACGUGGGAUGGCACCUCUACGGCGCUCGUCCGGCAGGAUCGUGGGGACAUCGCCAGAAACAUGAAAGGAGUCACCGUGCGCACUGGCAUCGCCCUGCUGGAUUCCAACACCUCUAUCAACCACCUGACCGACGGCAGGGAGAAGCAGUACGACCAGCUGACAAAGACCACCUUCAGCAUGCUUCUGCAGGCGUACGAGCUGAUGAACGCCACUAUUUCGCUACACGUCACCAACUCUCACGGCUACAUCCGUAACGGAAAGUACGAUGGGUUGCUGGGGGACCUGUUCAACGGGCUGGUGGAGACUGGCGGCACCGUCAUGCUGCCUGUCGCCUUCCGGAUGAUGGCCAUCACCUACCUGGGCAUCAACAUCCCGAUGCGCGCCGUGACGGUGUUCCGCCAACCGCCGCUGGCCUACACGGACAACGUGUUCUGGUUGCCGUUCCCUGACUCGCUGUGGGCCGCGGCGCUGAGCCUCGUGGCGCUGUGCUGCGUCCUCGCCGUCCUGGCACUGUACCUCGAGCCGAACUCGGAAAGCGGCGACGGCGCCUGCGGCGGGUCGGGUGACUCUCGCGCCAGCCUGAGAGUAGCGCGGCGGCCGCAGGGCGCGGGCAGGGGCGGCUACAAGCAGCCGCUGCGCGCCUCGCUGUCGGACGUCUUCCUGCUGGCCUUCGGCGCUAUCGCCCAGCAGGGUUCGCCGGUCGAGGCCCGUGGUGUGGCGUCGCGCCUCGUCACCUUCCUGCUGUUCCUCGCCGUGCUGCUGCUCUAUACGUGCUACUCGGCCUCCAUCGUGGUGCUGCUGCAGAGCUCGUCCAGCUCCAUCCGCACACUGCGAGACGUGUGGAAGUCUCGCCUGACUGUUGGCGUCGAGAAUAUGCCCUACAACGUUUACUUCAUCACU